GUAGUCGAGCAACGCGCAAGGCGCCACGUUGUCCCUCGCAGCCCGGGAAAGAAAGGAAAAGUGGAAAGUGGAAAGCCAGGCGUCGUGUUGAGCGGGCGUUGAAAAGUAGGCAACACUUGCUCCUGCUGCCUGGCCACGGUGCGUAUGGGUGAUGCGAUGCUGGGCCAGUGAAAUCCGAUACGGAAAGCUCGGUCCGGGCGAAAAACGUCAGGCAGUUGUGGGUGAAAAAUCAAAAUUAACGGAAACAACAGAAAUUACAGUUUGAAACACCGAAAAUUGCCAGUGAAAACAGCAGAAGAACAAAGGGGAUAAAAGUUCGUCCUGUGUGCGUGUGAUAAAAGUUCCCCCUGUGUGAGUGCGCCUGUGAGAGUGUGUGUGUGCGCGCAAAAAGAAUAGAGAAAGCAAAGCAUCCCGAAGGAGUGGCACACAAAGUGUUUGCAUAACUUAACUCGCGAUAUCCAGCCAGCGGCAGAGCGGCAGAAGCCAAUAACUUGAUUAAAUGCCCCGAAACCGAGGCGAGGUCGAGGGCUGAAGACAUGGAUGCGCAGCAAGGAUAUCGCUGGUGAUGUAAAGACAAAAUGCUGGACGUUUGGCCGGGAAACCAUUGAAAUCAUCGCACAAAGCACGUCGUUUAUCCUCCCCCAAAAACUAUAGAGCUCUGCCAAUAUGGCUGUUGCUGGUUUUGUUUAUUGUUGGCUUUUGUUUGGGCUCGCCAUUAUUCUGCUGGCUGUUCUGGCGCCGCCGAUUGACGCCGCCCAGCGGCACACGGCCUCGGAUAAUCCCUCGACAUACAAUAUUGGCGGCGUACUGAGCAAUUCCGACAGCGAGGAGCACUUUAGCACGACGAUAAAGCACCUCAACUUCGACCAGCAGUAUGUGCCCCGCAAGGUCACCUACUACGAUAAGACGAUCCGGAUGGACAAGAAUCCCAUCAAGACGGUCUUCAACGUGUGCGACAAGCUCAUCGAGAAUCGGGUGUACGCCGUAGUCGUUUCGCAUGAGCAAACCUCGGGCGAUUUGUCGCCGGCUGCCGUGAGCUACACCAGCGGAUUCUAUUCGAUUCCCGUCAUUGGCAUUUCCUCGCGGGACGCCGCCUUCUCCGACAAGAACAUCCACGUCUCCUUCCUGAGGACCGUGCCUCCUUAUUACCACCAGGCGGACGUCUGGCUGGAGAUGCUCAGCCACUUUGCAUACACGAAGGUAAUCAUCAUCCACAGCUCCGACACGGACGGCCGGGCCAUCCUGGGCAGGUUCCAGACCACGUCGCAGACCUACUACGACGACGUGGACGUGCGCGCCACCGUGGAACUGAUUGUCGAGUUUGAGCCCAAGCUGGAGAGCUUCACGGAGCACCUCAUCGACAUGAAAACCGCCCAGUCUAGGGUCUACCUCAUGUACGCCAGCACGGAGGACGCCCAAGUAAUCUUCCGCGACGCCGGGGAGUACAACAUGACCGGGGAGGGCCACGUGUGGAUUGUGACGGAGCAGGCGCUCUUCUCCAACAACACUCCGGACGGAGUGCUGGGCCUCCAGCUGGAGCACGCCCACAGCGACAAGGGUCACAUUAGGGACAGCGUUUAUGUUCUGGCUUCCGCCAUCAAGGAGAUGAUUUCCAACGAGACCAUCGCCGAGGCUCCGAAGGAUUGCGGCGAUUCGGCCGUCAACUGGGAAUCUGGCAAGAGACUCUUCCAGUACCUCAAGAGCCGCAACAUCACUGGCGAAACGGGACAGGUGGCCUUCGAUGACAACGGGGAUCGAAUCUACGCCGGCUACGAUGUGAUCAACAUUCGGGAGCAGCAAAAGAAGCACGUGGUUGGAAAGUUCAGUUAUGAUAGUAUGCGGGCAAAGAUGCGGAUGCGGAUCAACGACAGCGAGAUCAUCUGGCCAGGAAAGCAGCGCCGCAAGCCGGAGGGCAUCAUGAUUCCCACCCACCUGAAGCUCCUAACCAUCGAGGAGAAGCCCUUCGUCUACGUGAGGCGCAUGGGCGACGACGAGUUCCGCUGCGAGCCGGACGAGCGACCCUGUCCCCUGUUCAACAACUCGGAUGCCACUGCCAACGAGUUCUGCUGCCGCGGCUACUGCAUAGACCUGCUGAUCGAGCUGUCGAAGCGGAUAAACUUCACCUACGACCUGGCCCUGUCCCCGGAUGGCCAGUUCGGGCACUACAUCCUGCGGAACAGCACGGGGGCGAUGACCCUGCGCAAGGAGUGGACGGGCCUCAUCGGGGAGCUGGUCAACGAACGUGCCGACAUGAUCGUGGCACCACUAACCAUCAAUCCGGAGCGUGCCGAGUACAUAGAAUUCUCAAAACCAUUCAAAUACCAAGGCAUUACAAUACUCGAGAAGAAACCGUCACGAUCGAGUACUCUCGUGUCUUUCUUGCAGCCGUUUAGUAACACGCUAUGGAUCUUGGUAAUGGUGUCGGUCCAUGUUGUGGCGCUCGUGCUCUACCUCCUGGACAGGUUCUCGCCCUUCGGCCGCUUCAAGCUCUCGCACUCGGACAGCAACGAGGAGAAGGCGCUGAACCUCAGCUCCGCGGUGUGGUUCGCCUGGGGAGUCCUGCUGAACAGCGGCAUCGGCGAGGGCACGCCGCGCAGCUUCUCCGCCCGGGUGCUGGGCAUGGUCUGGGCAGGAUUCGCGAUGAUCAUCGUCGCCUCGUACACCGCCAACCUGGCCGCCUUCCUCGUGCUCGAGCGGCCCAAGACGAAGCUGAGCGGUAUCAACGACGCGCGCCUGCGCAACACCAUGGAGAACCUCACCUGCGCCACCGUGAAGGGCUCCUCCGUGGACAUGUACUUCCGCCGCCAGGUGGAGCUGUCCAACAUGUACCGCACCAUGGAGGCGAACAACUAUGCCACCGCCGAGCAGGCCAUCCAGGACGUGAAGAAGGGCAAGCUCAUGGCCUUCAUAUGGGACUCCUCCCGUCUGGAGUACGAGGCCUCCAAGGACUGCGAACUGGUCACUGCCGGCGAGCUGUUCGGUCGGAGUGGCUACGGAAUCGGACUGCAGAAGGGUUCUCCCUGGACGGAUGCAGUUACGCUGGCCAUUCUGGAGUUCCACGAAAGCGGGUUCAUGGAAAAACUGGACAAGCAAUGGAUCUUCCACGGACACGUGCAGCAGAACUGCGAGCUCUUCGAGAAGACGCCCAACACUCUGGGGCUGAAGAACAUGGCGGGGGUGUUCAUACUGGUGGGCGUGGGCAUUGCCGGCGGCGUCGGUCUGAUCAUCAUCGAGGUCAUCUACAAGAAGCACCAGGUGAAGAAGCAGAAGCGCCUGGACAUCGCCCGACAUGCGGCGGACAAGUGGCGGGGCACCAUCGAGAAACGGAAGACGAUUCGUGCCUCGCUGGCGAUGCAGCGCCAGUACAACGUGGGCCUGAACUCGCACGCCCCGGGGACAAUCAGUCUGGCGGUGGACAAGCGGCGGUAUCCUCGCCUGGGGCAGCGGUUGGGACCGGAGCGGGCCUGGCCGGGAGACGCCGCCGACGUGCUCCGCAUCCGGAGGCCCUACGAGCUGGGCAAGCCUGGCCAGAGCCCCAAGGUGAUGGCCGCCAGCCAGCCGGGAAUGCCCAUGCCCAUGCUGGGCAAGACACGGCCCCAGCAGAGUGUCCUGCCACCGCGCUACUCGCCAGGAUACACCAGCGACGUGUCGCACCUGGUCGUUUAAGUUAACAUUUUGCCAAGACAAAGGCAGUUAGAACAUAGAAAAGAGAGAAACGUAUUAUCAUUGCUCAACCCAUUGCGAAUUGCGAAAUGCGAAAUGCGAGUCAGGGAAUUCGAUUGUUUGUUAUCGCCGGAUUGAGCGGCCAGGACCGAAGGGAUAUUUAUCGUUUUGCAAGCCUGAUUUCCUCGUUACCGGGUCGAUGGUCCUGUGCCGCAAUAGUUUGUUAUAUCAUGGUCUAGGUGUGUUUGCCAAGUUAUUAUUGUAAAGUCUAUUAAGUUUAUGUAGUUUUCGAUGCAUUUACGAGGCGGGCUGAAGUAUUUUCACUCUGAUUUAACGCUUUCAAUGUGCUUACUGUUCCCCUUAAAUACUCUAUCUCCGCUCCAGCUUUUUACUGCUUUCAAACUUAACUCAAAGAAGAGCAGAAAUAGAUCUACCCAUCUCUAGAGAUACAGAAAAUAGUUAUAAUAUCUGACCAGAAACAUUUAAAACGACGUUGUCCUCACGUCGAACCUAGAAUCACAUAAUUCACCACAAAACCCACCCAUUGUUACAACUAAUUAACAACUAUUCUCAUCUAAACUUAUCUUUAACCCGAUUUUGGAUCUGGCCAAAAGUUGCCUCAACUGAAAGCUCCGAUUGCCUGUACAACUUUUACAACUUAUAUUUUCUCUGGAAUAGAAAGCUUAAAAGAUUUAAUCGAUUGCAAUAGUGGACCCAGACAUCUAAGUAAGGGCAAACCCAAGAAAAGCAAUUUACUAAAACAAGUUAAACUAAACUCAAAGAAGCUUAAACGAAAUUUUAAAAACAAAACAAAUAUAUAUACAUACAUAUAUGUAUACAUAAUUUAUUUAUAAGAUUCAGUGUGAAAGUUAACAGCAUAAAUGUGAAGCAUAAGAAACGAAAUUCAAGAACAAACAAUAUUUAGUAGUGAAGUUUGAAUUUUAAAUGUUUUGAAUGUGUAAACCGUUUAUGCAACUAAAAUAAAUAUUUAAAAGAG